CGCCAUCUGCAGUUUGCCAAAAAUUGUACACACCCAGAAGAUGACUGGUUGACUAUAAAAAUUACAAUUGUCAAGGAACAUUAUGCAUCUUUUGAACGAGGUAUGACGGACGUCAUCAGAUUUCAAAAAGGUGCACGAUCGAUCAGUGCUUCUGAAACGGAAGAAAGGGGUACUGGCCGUAGAGUUCUGCGCACGAAGAGGCGAUCAUCAUCGUCAGCAGAGAGUGAGGGCACUGAGAGGUCAAAUCCGCCCCCCACCAAAAUAGCAAGAAAUUCACCUAGGAAAUCUCCUAGAAAUCAAGGCUUUAAAAGAAACCUACUUAUACAACCUACCUACCCUUCAGUGACACCUCAUUCUUUGGCACCCUCCACCUCAACAGCACCCUCAACAUCAAUAAGGGCAUUACCAUCAGCACCAUAUAAAAGUGUGUGUGAUAUUUAAAAAAAAUCACACUUUUGUGUAUCGGAUGAACCAGUGACUCUGGAAACAUUGGCGCUUGGAGUUUGCCACUUAUCGAAAUCUGUACAACAGUUGAGUGGCAGGCUGAAAGAAUUCCGUAUGGAAAUUGAAAGCAAAGUUUUAGAAAAGGACAAGACCCAGCAAAAUUUGGAGGAAACAGAAGAGGGAGAAUGUGUAUUUCAAUCACCACUAAAAAAGAAAGAAGAUUUAAGAGUCUUUGAAGAGAAGCUCAAAGAAAAGGAAUUUUUGGGAAAUAUUCUAAAAGUUUUGUCGCAAAACGACGUAAUGGACAAUUCUUUGGCGCAAAAAUUUAGCUGGAAGGGUCAACAAAGAAAGGACCAAGUGGAGAGCAAAGAAUGUUUUUCGAAGCUCCUCAUGUGUGAUCUCAUAUACAAGUGUGUAAAAGUUAUUUGGCCAAAAGAAAACAAUUUAAAGAAAAAAAUAGAAGCCACGUUGUCCACCUUUCUUGCACAACAAGGAUCCUUAUAUUUAAAAAGGUCAAGCAUUACAAUGGAGCCUAGCAAAGAAGACAUUGAAUUAGAAUAA